CGAGCCUCCCCCUCCGUGUGUCCCCACAGCCGGCGUCGGGCCACGCGGACGGGAAGGGAGCUGGGAAGCCCCAACAUGCUGCGGGGCCGCAACUCGGCCACCUCCGCCGACGAGCAGCCCCACAUCGGCAACUACAGGCUGCUGAAAACCAUCGGCAAGGGCAACUUCGCCAAGGUCAAACUGGCCCGGCACGUCCUGACCGGCAAGGAGGUUGCUGUGAAGAUCAUUGACAAGACGCAGCUCAACUCCUCCAGCCUGCAGAAGCUUUUUCGGGAAGUGCGAAUAAUGAAGGUCCUGAACCACCCCAACAUAGUGAAGCUCUUUGAGGUGAUCGAGACAGAGAAGACCCUUUACCUCGUGAUGGAGUACGCCAGCGGGGGUGAG